GCGCCCUCCCGUCAAUCACGCGAGGCUCCUUCCACUACCGCUCCUACAGUAAAUAUUUGUGUUUGCUCAACCGGCUGUAAUGGUGGACGACUGAGGAAGAGAAAACGGAAUACAACUAGAGUGAAGAAAAGAGAGAGAGUGGGGAAGAAGAAGAAGAAGUAGAAGAAAAAAAACGACGGUCGAAAGUCUGUUUCAGAGCCAGUCGCCGCGAGUAGGACACGGGGGCUUUCGUCGAAAAUGGAUGAACUCAAACAUCAAGUCAUGAUUAACCAGUUCGUCCUGACGGCGGGUUGUGCGGCAGACCAGGCGAAGCAGCUUUUGCAAGCGGCACAUUGGCAGUUUGAGACUGCCCUCAGUGCCUUUUUUCAAGAAACAAAUAUUCCAUAUGGCCAUCAUCAUCAAAUGAUGUGUACCCCAGCCAACACACCAGCGACGCCCCCGAACUUCCCGGACGCGUUGACCAUGUUCUCCAGGCUGAAGGCAUCCGAGAGCUUCAACAGCGGCAGCGGCGGCAGCCCCAUGUCCGCCUCCAUGGCCACCUCACCCCCGCCCCCUCAGGUCGGCGGCUGGGGGGUCUCACCAAACGUACCUAAUGUGCCGCAACCUCCACAGGGACUCUGGACUCAGGGGCAACCCCCAACGCAGCCUUGCCCCGCGUGGCCCACGGGCGUGAACCCGCACGCGGGGGCCGAGCAAAAGGCUAGCGUAGCGAUGGAGGCUGAAAGAUGAAGGGCAGCAUGGGACUGAAAAAAAAAAAAGCCCCCCCUACCACACCGGAAAGGGCGGGAAACAGGGAGGGAGGCGGGGUGGGAUUAAUGCGGGGAGGGUGGGAGGUGAUAACGGGGUAGAAAUGGGUCUUUUUUUUCCAAAAGGAUAAAAAGGAUACGGAGAGAGACGCAAACCAAGAAAAACUCAACGUGGACAAUUAAAGAAGAGGAGAAAAACCAAUGCAAAUAUCAAUACAAAAAUAGAAAGAAAAAAAAAGAUACGCACACACAUAGUAAUAAGAGAGCAACUGAAAUCUUUGUUAGUUUUUCCUAAAUAAAUGCAUAGAUAAGAGAAAUAUUAUUGAACUAAAAAAAAAAAAAGCAGAAUUUUUUAAAAAAUUGUCACGCCCAAGGAUUCUACGUGAUAUUCAAGGACAUUCAAGGCAGCAAACUUAAUUUUCAGUUUUUGUUUAGUUUUUAUUUUGUUUUUUUUUCCCUCCAUUGUUUCCGCUGGUGUGUUGUUGUUUUUUUUUUGUUUUUUUUAUCACCAGUGUUCUGUGUUUCUGUCUGUGCUGCAUGAGGAGAGGGACUUGCAAAUGCAGUGUUUGAGAUUGACUCAAAUAUCAACACGCACUUGAGUGUGUGUGUAUGUCUGUCUGUGUGUGUGUGUGUGUGUGAGUGUGUGGUCAGUUUGUAAUCAAAAAUGUAUACACACACACAUAUAUAUAUAAAUAUAAAUAUAUUUCUAUAUAUAUAUAUUCACACACACACACACAUGUGCACACACACACAAAUACACACACAUUAGCGUUUAGAGGAAACACCUCCAUACUGUCAUCCCCAUCGUCAAAGGUGGGACUUUUCUUACCUCACCUGGUGGUCACCUGACUUCUUUCAGCCAAUCAGGGAUUCUUCUUAAAAACCAACCGAUGCCACCGCCACAGGACACGUUUUUAAAGGUUUUUUCUUAAAGGCAGCAGCCACUCUGGUUUAUGCUAACUUGAUCCUUGCUGCGACGGCUUUUCCUGACAGUUUUAAACCUGGACUCAGACUACAACUGUCCACUGUAUACCUUUUUUCUGAAGAUUUGGGUUAUUACAAGAAAAAAAAAAGAGAAAUGGUUUAAUAUAAUAUUGUUUAUAAAUGCUAAUUGUUCUGUUUUUGUUGAGAGGUUAAGGGAGGCGGCUUUGAAAAAAAAUGGGUGGGAUUUCAGGUUGAUCUUUUUUUUUAGUUCGGGAAAAGAGUGAAUCAAACGCAGCUAAAAUGGCUACAGAUUUGAAAAAACAAAAACAAAACCGAAACAACACACGACUACUCCAUCUUUGUAAACAGAGUUGCCACUUUGCAUGAUGUGUUCAUAACGUGUAACAUCUUUUGUAGCAAACAUACAUGAGGUCGAGACGUGUUCAUGGGCGGGGGUGGGGUGGUGGGUGUCCUUCCCAAAGCUAACAGAAAUGCAACAGGUGAGCGUUUCUCCACUCGUCACAUAGAAAGAGAAACAAAGAGAAGCAAAUGGGCGCGGGGCAGCUUCGGGAAGCCCACCACAGGCUAUUUGGGGACACUACAGACUACUUUCAGAUAUACAGUAUAUAUGUACCCUCGGAUACUGUACUACAGAGGGGUUUUUACAACAUUUAGGUCUCUGGUCCAUUGAUACUGCUGAGAGACAGUUCAGGGAUGACCCUGAUAUACGGCAAUAUUUUAAAACACAGGGUCUGCCCCUUUUUUAAUUUCUCUUCUUUGGAUUAUUUUUUCAUUGGAUAAAAGAGAGUAUGAAGAGAUAUUUUCAAUAGCUUGAGGGUCUUUUUUUAAAGAAAAAAACAAAAGAUGAUUGGAAAAGUUCUGGAUAUAAUAAUGAAUAAAUAAGCAAGUUCUUUUUUUCUGAUUUAGACUAAACUAAUGUUUGAGUUCAUCCUUUUCCAUGCUUCAUACUUUAUUUGGUUAAAUCAGAGCUUUUCUGGGUGGGCCUGUUCCUAAAUGGUUUCUCAUGUAUGUUUCCCCACUUGUAUGACUGUAUGAGACCAUUCCCACAAUAUUUGUGGACUACCUGAUAAUUAACUUAUCAUUUUUGUGAACCUAAAUAAAUAUUGUAUGUCAACCUAA